AUGUCCUCUCUCUCCCGUUCCCUUCUCAUCGGCCGUUCGGCUGCUCCACUCGUUUCCGCGACGUCAUCAAUGUCCACAAAACCACGGACCCAAGUCGAUGGACACGUCCCAUCACCACUUCAACAGCUCUCCGAGCAAGAGAUUUCCAUUGUGGAUACAGUCCGCCGUUUCGCUGUCAAUGUCAUCAAACCGUUGGUUCGCGAGAUGGACGACAAGUCACAGAUGCAUCAAUCUGUGAUUACGGGAACUUUUGAGAAUGGGUUAAUGGGAAUCGAGAUCCCAGAGAAGUACGGUGGGCCAGGAUCCUCAUUCUUCGAUGCCGUCUUGGUCAUCGAGGAACUCGCAAAAGUGGAUCCAUCUGUCUCCGUCUUCGUCGACGUCCAGAAUACUCUCGUCGCUCCACUCAUCAUCCAACUCGGAAACGAGGAACAAAAGCAGAAAUAUCUCCCAAAAAUCGUGACAGAAGCCAUCGGAUCAUUCGCUCUCUCUGAAACUGGAUCAGGUUCAGAUGCGUUUGCUCUGAAGACCACUGCCAAGAAAGACGGAGACGAUUUCGUGAUUUCUGGAUCAAAAAUGUGGAUUACCAAUGCGGGACACGCCCAAUUCUUCCUGGUGUUCGCCAAUGCUGAGCCAGGAAAGGGAUACAAAGGAAUCACUUGUUUCCUUGUUGAUCGUAACCAGGAAGGAGUGUCUGUUGGAAAGAAAGAAGACAAAUUGGGUAUCCGUGCGUCGUCCACUUGCUCCGUUCAUUUCGAUAAUGUUCGAGUUCACAAGUCAGCCAUUUUGGGAGAAUACGGAAAAGGCUAUAAAUACGCGAUCGAGUGCCUCAACGCCGGAAGAAUCGGAAUCGGAGCCCAGAUGCUUGGAUUGGCUCAAGGAUGUUUCGAUCAGACGAUUCCAUAUCUCCAGCAGAGAGAACAGUUCGGAAAGAGACUUAUCGAUUUCCAGGGAAUGCAACACCAAAUCGGACAGGUUCGUAUGGAAAUCGAGGCCGCCCGUCUCUUGGUCUACAACGCUGCUCGUAUGAAGGAGAACGGUCUUCCAUUCGUUCGUGAGGCGGCUAUGGCGAAACUUUUCGCUUCUCAGGUCGCCACCACCGCCACCUCGAGAUGCGUCGAAUGGCUCGGAGGCGUCGGUUUCACUAAAGAAUUCCCCGUCGAAAAGUUCUAUCGUGACUCGAAAAUCGGAACAAUUUACGAGGGAACAUCCAAUAUUCAACUCAACACCAUUGCUAAACUUGUGGAUACUGAAUAUCAGCAAAAGGCUUGA